AUGGAUCUAUGGCAGAGGUUAUUAUACCAUAUAGGGACUUAGAGGAUGCGUAUGCUAAUGAAGGUCCCACUGAAAUGGAGGAAGCUCUUCGAUUAGAUGUGGAAGAUAUUGAAAAUGAAUUAAAUAGUAGUGACAUGGUAGUUGAUGAUGGAAAUGAUAUAACCAAUGGAGAUAUAGCAGAUCAUGUGUUUGUGGAUGAACCAAGUGAGCAUGGUGAUGGGGGUGAAAAUUUGUUUGUUGAUGAUCCAACGGAACACUUUGACAAUCCUGUUGAGCAUAAUGAGGAACUAUGUAUUGGAAAGUAUUUUGCCAAUGCAAACGAUGCAUACGAAUUUUAUAACAAUUAUGCUCGGAAGAUGGGAUUUAGUGUUCGGAAAUCUAAAGUGGAGAGGUCAAGGAAAAGGAAAGAAGGAAUGAACAAGGAGGGGGAUGUCUUGCCUCGCAUGUAUGUUUGUAGUAAGGAAGGUUUUAAGGACUGCAAAGAUAAAAGACAAGAAGGGAAAGAUGUUAAUCAUCGAGCUGAUAGUAGAGUUGGUUGUCCUACUCAUCUGUGGGUAAAAUCAGUUGAAGGGGGCUUGGUUGUUGACCAAUUUAUUUCAGGCCACAACCAUAGCCUCAUGGCACCCGUUGAAAUUUAUUGGCUUUGAUCACAUCAAUGGCUCUCAGACUUGGUUGUACAGAUUGCAACCACUCUAAAUGAUUG